AUGACCGGUACCUCGCGGCGAGCGAAGGGGCUCUUUGCUGGCAUCGCUGCCGGCUCCUUCGUGAGCGGUGCCAUGAUUGUUUCGUGUGCCAGCUUCGGCUCUCGGGCGAAUGAGCCGCCGUUUGAUAUCAAGUCACUCCGUUCCGACAUUGAGGCGAUGAUUUCUGAUAAUCUCGAUCUUGGACCUUCGCUGGUUCGUCUCGCGUGGCACGAGGCUGGCUCUUACGACUGCUUUAAGAAGGACGGCGCUCCGAACUCGGCGUCGAUGCGCUUCAAACCAGAGUGCCAAUACGAGGGUAACAACGGUCUCGAAGUCCCUCGCAGGGCGCUGGAGCCGUUCAAGAAAAAGUAUCCGCAAAUAUCUUAUGCAGAUUUGUGGGUGCUUGCCGCCUACGUGGCUAUUGAGUACAUGGGUGGUCCGAGUAUUCCGUUCAGCUGGGGUCGCGUGGAUGCGAAGGACGGCUCUGUGUGCGGACCGGACGGGCGCCUGCCGGACGGUGGAAAGACGCAGGAUCACGUGCGCGAGGUCUUCACGCGUCUCGGGUUCAAUGAUCAGGAGACGGUGGCGCUUAUCGGUGCGCACACUUGCGGUGAGUGCCACCUCAAGUACUCCGGCUUCGAUGGGCCGUGGACACACGACAAGAACGGGUUCGACAACUCCUUCUUCACGCAACUUCUCAGUGAGGAGUGGGUGGUGAAUCCCAAGAUCCAGAAGAUGCAGCUGAUGGACCGCGCGACUACGAAACUGAUGAUGCUUCCCAGUGACAUGUCCCUGAUUCUCGACCCCAAGUACCGCAAGUACGUUGAGCUAUACGCAAACGACAACGACCGCUUCAACAAAGAUUUUUCCGCGGCGUUCAAGAAGUUGACGGAGCUGGGCACCAAAAACCUUCGCAAAGCACCGGCAGUGGAAUGCUAA